AUGGCCUUGAGGCGUUUCAUGCCCUGUAUAAAAGGCCGCGCUAGGGUUAGCGAGGGUAGUUUCUUCAUCGGCUCCAAUAUGAGACGAUUCAUCGCUGUGCUUGGCCUGUUUGUGGGCGCUGCCUACUGCUUUCCUGGUAGAAUUAGCCAGAGUUACGGCGCCCCGUCCGUAGGCUUCAGCUCCUCUGGAGACCACGGUAGCUCCUUCACUGGUGGAAGAGCUGGUGGAUUCAGUGGAGGAUCGCAUGCUAGCGGCGUCAGUGGCUUCGGCGGUGGAAGAGGCAGCUCAUUGGGUGGGGGAUCACUUGGAGGAUUCAGUGGAGGAUCACAUGCUGGCGGCGGCAGUGGCUUCGGCGGUGGAGGAGGCAGCUCCGUCAGUGGGGGUUUCAGUGGAGGAUCACAUGCUGGGGGCAGCGCUUUUUCUAGUGGCAACUUCGGAGGCGGCAGUUCAGGAACCUCGACAGGACUCAGCACAAGCUACGGUACGCCCACCAACAACUUUGUGAGCUCCACGGGCGGUGGCUUCCGUGGAACUGGAUCCCAUAGCAGCGGAUCGUUUGGCAGCAAAUUUAGCAGUGGAUCCCAAGGAGGUGGAUCCUUUGGCUCCACAUCACAUGGGGCUGGGUCCUUUGCUACUGCGUCCCAUGGAAGUGGAUCCGGCGGAACAGGGUCCCUUGGUCCUUCCCGGAGGUGGAUCGUUUGGCACUGGAUCCCACGGCGGUGGAUCGUUUUGGCACUGGAUCCCAGGGAUCUGGGUCAUUUGUUACUGGAUCCCAGGGAUCUGGGUCAUUUGGUACUGGGUCCCAUGGGCUGA